AAAGAUCUUGUUAAAAGCGGUUGAUGGCUAUAAAAUCAAUUUGGCCAAUGCCUCCAGCAGGCAGUGCAUGUAUGUUUUGUGAUUGCACCUCAGUGACAGGUACUUAUUGCGCGAAUCGUCUUCCGAAACGAACGCCAAUGUCUCUAUUCCGGCCCGCACGGUUGCUGGUGAUCGGUGCGAUGCUCAUCGGUUGCUGUACGAGCAAAGCCACAUUCGACCAAAUGACAAAAGCAGGUACCAUGAUGCGGAUGGUCUGCAUCGGCAAGCAUAAGGCCAGCGAGGAUUUGGUGGAUGGGCUUGGCCGAGGUGAAUUUGUCGAGCAGCAAGAGCUCAAAUGCUACGCUAACUGUGUGCUGGAAAUGAUGCAAGCGAUGAAGAAGGGAAAGGUUGUAGCCGAUAGUGCGAUCAAGCAGAUCGAGCUGCUGAUUCCACCCGAGAUUGCCGGUCCAACAAUGAAGGCAUUUGAUGGUUGUCGCGACUCCGCAAAUGGUAUUAAAAAUGCGUGCGAUGCGGCUUAUGCUCUGCUGAAGUGUCUGCAUGCCAAAAAUCCAAAAUAUUUUUUUGCCUGAUUUCCCUGCAAUGUGUGGCUUACGAUGGUUUAGCUAGCUGUUGGGUGCAUACGAAGACGGACACUCACAUGCUCUCUCGGUGAGAAGCCUCUCACCGGUAGACGGGCACGAGUGUCCUUUGGGUUUGUAAAGAGCGAGAUCGCGAGAUCUCCUGGGGAGUCAAGAUCCAGCAGCCGAACAGAACAGAACCGUGGUGGUGCGGUGACACGCGUGCACACAUACUUAUAAAUAAGUGGUAGCUUAGUAAAGUAUUUACGGUGUGUCCUAUUCUUGUGUAUCUCGGCAAUAUCACAUCGUAAAACUAGCAAUAAAGAAAACAUGAACCAGCA